GUCCUCUCACAGCUGACGAGUGUGACGUCAGCUGAAGCUCUACGUGCAGAAGUGAAUGUCUCGCCCAACCAAAAUGGCUUCCUCCUUCACAAGAGGCAAGCCGGUUUACUUCCUCUAGUUCACACUGUGGCUCGAUCCUUGGUCUAAUGUCCCCAGUCAAGCGUAAAGAAACGACAUUAUAAAUAAAAUUUGCAUUAUUCAUGCCAUCAUUUCCCGACCAUUAAGUCUCCUCCGUGUUACUUUAUUCUAUUGUACUACGAUGAGUUAUUGCACAGAUGUUAUAUUUCAUCUGGAGCUCUGACAGCAGCACAUUCAGCCCGCCCCCUUUCGUCACGUCACAUCCUCUCAGCGCAGCCUCUACGGGUUGCUAUGGCGACGGUGUUGCAGCUCGUCGCUACAGACAUUCACUGCUGUUACUACACUUUGUCGACCGGAAAGGAAAGUGACCACGUUACCACCAUGACUGCAUGAUGGCGACACAAAAAGAAGCGGAGCCCCCAGCUGUGAAUGGAUCCGACCAGGAGCUUCCAACACAACAGGAGCUCUGGGAGCCGACACCGGAGAGGGGACAUGUGGAUGUCCUUCUAGAUAUUAGCGAGGAGGACUUCAUGAAAGAAAUGGAGCCACACGAGUAUCACUGUUACUCCGGUUUGGAAGAAGCUGUUCAUGGUUGGGCAAGAGUUGCUCCACUGAGCUGUAUAUUUUUGACUCAAAAAACCUGCAAAAAAACAAAGCAGGCUGACAAGCCAAUGCCCUUGUGCGUUGACCCGGCAACCCCUGAUGCCAACAGCUCAACCUGGAUCGCAGAGAACCGCUGUGAGUCUCAAGGGGGCCCGCAAAACAGCUUCAAGAAAUCCCUCGCACCGAACCAGCACGCGGGCUGCUCGGGUAACACCGACUCGGCAGCUCUGCAGAAGGAUGCUUCAGAAUGGCCCGUCCUCACUCCCAUCCAGACAACCACGUCAAAACCUCCACUCAAAGAAAAGGCAGAGAGGGAAGAGGCACUCAGGGCCACGUCUGCGCAGGCUCACCACUUCCGCUCAAAAUACUCGGACAACGGAGCAGCUAAGCCUCAGAAACACAGGCCUCAUAUGAUGUUUCCCAUUAAAAACUUAACAUUUUUACCACCAAUUACGUUACAGCCCGCGAAUCACCGGAAAGCCAGUGGCAAGAAGGCCCAAGAAGGGGGAUCUACAGGGGGAAAUAUCUUCAAUGCCAAGAGCAGGAUGAAGGCAGCUGGCGUGGAGCACGUUGUUGACCCUGAGCUUCCCACUUACUCUGCAGUCCUGACCUCCAAGUACCGGCCAUGUCAGCUCAACCCCGACUUGUUCUCUGCACCCAAUAGGUAUCAAGUACCCAUGUCUUCCAAACCUGAGACCGGGCACCGCCAUAGCUACGCACUGGCCAGGAGGCUCGCACAGGUCCUCCAGUCCAGCGCAGCAUCAGGUCCACACGCCCACGUGUACCCGAGCAGGACUAUGUACUAUGCAGUCACUUGAACAUCUCAGAUUCAACAAACUGAUAAAACAACAGUUUUAUCAGUUUGCUUUUUAUCGUGAUUGCCUCAGACUCACAUUUUGUUGUUUCCAUUACAUUACUUGGUAAAAUAUAUACAAGUAUGUGACAUGUUCAUUAAGGCAAACUAGUCCUGGCUGGAAUCAGAAGGAUCUACACAUAACAGUCAAGUGAACAGAUCCUUAAAUGUUAAGCUAUUUGUGUCAUUAGAGCCUUUGUUUUGUUCUAGUUCCCACAAGUUCUUCUUCAGCUGUUGCAGUUACCUAGCAACGGUGCAGCUACCUCAUAAGGAGCGAGGCAGUGCGUCUGCUUCCACUUAAACCUGAGCCCCGAGUUGCAGAACUGUUAGGACCGCGAUGCACUGCAGACCACACGCGAUGACUUCCACACGUCGCCAAACUACUGCAUCUGCUGUCAAAUUGGAUUGUAUUUAACUUUUAAGCAGGGUGUCCCUGACAUAUGUGGAUGGGUUCUGGGUUACUAUUGUACCAGGUAUCAGCGCAGCAUUAUGCUGAGGUCCUUAAUGCUGCAAGUCAUGUUGGUCAACAUUAUUUACAAUGUGAGAUGCAUGUAGCGGGGGGGGUGGGGGGUCGGAGAUCCUGACAACAGCAGGAUCUUGUUACAUUGAUUUCUUUACAAAAGGAUCUUCUUACAUUGCCUCUCUAUACUACCUCUGAUCCGCUUAGUGGGAUUGUUCAAUAAUUAAAAUAGCUGCUGUGUAAGCCUAAUUAAAAGAAUUGAAAUAGUCCUACCUGAA